CUGUUCCAGGCCCUGCUGCCGCGCGCGGGUCGCCUCACGGAGGGCCAGCGCGUCCAACUCUACACAGGCGGUCUUCUUCCCCCGUUGAGCCACGUCGUUCGCAUCCACAACCCGGAAACACUUGAUGGGGCCAUGAGUCUCGCCCGUCAGGCCGAGCAGCUGGAGUUGGCACGGGGACCGCCACCGGCCGCCAGGGGAGCCCCUCGCGCUCUUCCUCCGGCGCCCAAGCAGCCGCUGCUCGCCCUCCCUGCACCACCAGCGGGCGCGCCCCUGUCGCGACCAGAGGGUCCGCCCUUGAAGCGGCUGUCACCGGAGGAACAGGCGGAACGGCGCCGCCUCGGCCUCUGCUUCAACUGCAAUGAGCCGUACACCCGCGGCCACAACCGUGUCUGCCGCCGCAUCUUCUUCCUCCAUGGCGUCGAGCUCACGGCCGCCGCCGAGGAACCCGCAAGGGACGACCCGCAGGACGACGCCCCUGUCUUCUCCCUCAGGGCAGUCACUGGCAUGCCCAUCUGCAAUUCCAUGCAGGUGCGGGCCACCCUAGGCGCCACCACCCUCCUCGCGCUCCUGGACACCGGCUCGACGCAUAACUUCAUCGGGGAGGAUGCCGCCCGCCGCACCGGCCUGCCGAUCCAGCCGCGGCCGCACCUCAUGGCCACUGUGGCCAACGGUGAACGCGUCACCUGCCCAGGAGUCAUUUGCCGCGCCCAGGUCAUCAUCGAGGGCGAGCCAUUCUUCAUCGACCUCUUCGUCAUGCCGCUCGCAGGGUACGACCUCGUCCUGGGGACUCAGUGGAUGGUCACCCUUGGUCGCAUGGUGUGGGACUUCGUCGACCGCUCCGUCUCCUUCCUGCACCAAGGCCGCCAGGUCUCCUGGUCGGACGUCGCCGAUCGCCAGCCACCCAUGCUCGCCGCUACCACGACACCGAGCGCCCUCCUUGAGGAGCUCUUGCACUCCUUCGACGAGGUGUUUGCUGAGCCGGCGGGUCUGCCCCCGCAGCGAGCUCGGGACCACGCCAUCGUCCUCAAGCCAGGCUCUACACCUGUGGCGGUCCGGCCGUACCGCUAGCCGGUGGCGCACAAGGAUGAGCUGGAGCGGCAAUGCGCCGUCAUGUUGGCCCAAGGCAUCGUACGCCGCAGCGACUUGGCGUUCUCUUCACCGGUUCUGCUGGUCAAGAAGCAGGACGGGGCUUGGCGGUUUUGCGUGGACUACCGCGCCCUUAAUGCCCUCACCGUCAAAGAUGCCUUCCCCAUCCCCAUCGUCGACGAGCUCCUUGACGAGCUGCAUGGUGCACAGUUCUUCACGAAGCUGGACCUUCGCUCCGGUUAUCACAAAGUCCGGAUGCGGCCGGCUGACGUGCACAAGACGGCGUUCCGCACCCACGACGGCUUCUACGAGUUCCUGGUGAUGCCGUUCGGAUUAUGCAACGCACGGGCAACCUUCCAAGCGCUCAUGAACGACGUGCUCCGGCCAUUCCUCCGUCGGUUCGUUAUUGUCUUUUUUGAUGACAUUUUGAUUUAUAGCAAGACCUGGGCAGAUCACUUGCGCCACAUCCGCGCCGUCCUCGACGAACUUCUCCGCCAUGUCCUCUUCGUCAAGCGAUCCAAGUGCAUUUUGGGUCCCCAUCGGUGGCGUACCUAGGCCACGUCAUCUCCGCCCACGGUGUGGCCAUGGACCCGGCCAAGGUGCAGGCCAUUCACGACUGGCCGACACCUCGGUCGGCGGGCGCGGUGCGUGGGGUUUUGGGCCUCGCCGGGUACUACCGCAAGUUCGUACACGACUACUGCAAGAUUGCAUCACCCCUCACCGCGCUGAUGAAGGAGGGUUUCUCCUGGAGCGACGAGGCCCAGGCAGCCUUCCAGGACCUCAAGAUGGCCGUGACCUCGGCUCCGGUUUUGGCGCUGCCGGAAUUCACCAAGGUCUUCAUCGUCGAGUGUGACGCAUCCACACACGGCUUCGGGGCGGUCUUACUACAAGAACAUCAUCCGAUCGCCUACUUCAGCAAGCCAGUCGCCCCCCGUCACCGCGCGCUGGCAGCUUAUGAGCGGGAGCUCAUCGGGCUGGUGCACGCCGUGCGACACUGGCGGCCGGAUCUAUGGGGGCGCGCGUUCCUCGUUCGCACCGACCACUACAGCCUCAAGUUCCUCCUCGACCAGCGCCUUUCGACAAUCCCGCAGCACCACUGGGUGGGCAAGCUCCUCGGCUUCGACUUCUCGGUAGAGUACAAGCCGGGCGCCACGAACACCGUAGCCGACGCGCUGUCUCGGCGCGACACCGACGCGGACGGCUCGGUCUUUCAGGAUCCGGCCCUGGUCGCCAUCCGGGAUGAACUCGCGACCGGCACGAGGGGCGUACCAUGGUCGCUGUUCGACGGCAUGGUGGCAUACGCAGACCGGCUGUACAUCCCGCCGGACUCCCCGCUGCUGCUAGAGGUGGUGGCCGCUACUCACGACGACGGUCAUGAAGGGGUGCAGCGCACUCUACAUCGCCUCCGCCGCGAUUUCUUCUUCCCCGCCAUGCGCCGUGUGGUCCAAGACUUCGUUCGCACCUGCGCUACGUGCCAGCGCAACAAGUCUGAGCACCUACACCCGACAGGCCUGCUGCUGCCCCUGCCCGUUCCCCAGGCCGUGUGGUCCGACAUCGGCUUGGAUUUCAUUGAGGCGCUGCCCCGCGUUGGGGGCAAAUCAGUGAUCCUCACCGUGGUCGACAGGUUCAGCAAAUAUUGUCAUUUUAUUCCUCUGUCUCACCCCUACAGUGAUGAGUCUGUGGCCCAGGCGUUCUUCGGUGAGAUCGUUCGCCUCCAUGGGAUUCCUCAGUCCAUGGUGUCGGACCGGGACUCAGUGUUCACCUCGGCGUUCUGGAAGGAGUUAAUGCGCCUCAUAGGCACCAAGCUGCACAUGACGUCCGCCUUCCACCCGCAGUCCGAUGGCCAGACGGAGGCGGCCAACAAAGUCAUCGACAUGUACCUCCGGUGCUUCACUGGGGACCGGCCCGUCAGUGGCUACGUUGGCUAUCGUGGGCGGAGUACGUCUACAACACGGCGUACCAAUCAUCACUCAGGGACACUCCUUUCAAGGUGGUUUACGGCAGGGAUCCUCCCUCCAUCCGCUCUUGUGAGCCUGGCGAUACCCGGGUGGCGGCGGUGGCCAAGACAAUGGCUGAACGCGAGGAGCUCCUAGCGGAUGUUCACUACCGCCUGGAACAAGCCCAGGCCGUCCAGAAGAAGUUCUACGACCGCCUGCACCGACCGGUCUCCUAUACCGUGGGCGACAUGGUGCUGCUGCGCCUGCGUCAUCGGGCAGCCUCCUCCCUUCCCCACGCGCCCAAGGGCAAGCUGAAGCCGCGCUUCGUCGGGCCGUAUCAAGUCACAGAGCUCAUCAAUCCGGUGGCAGUUCGCGUAGCGCUACCUCCGCGUGCCAAGUUGCACGAUGUCUUCCACGUCGGCCUUCUCAAGAAGUUCGUCGGCGCCCCACCAGCUACACCACCUCCUCUUCCACCCACUCACAAUGGGACGGUGAUCCCAGAACCGGAGCAGGCUGUUCGGUACAGGUUGGCCAGGGGUAUUCAACAGGUGCUCAUCCGCUGGAAAGGGCAGGCCACUACUGAUGCUACAUGGGAAGAUGCCGCCGACUUCCGCGACAAAUUUCCCCACUUUCAGCUCGAGGACGAGUUGAUCGUCGAGGGGGGGAGAGAUGUCAUGUACGGCCACACUUACAGGCGCCGUCGUGACGCCAGGAGAGCUGCUGAUCGCGCAGCCAAGGCAGGCGACACAAUCAGUGGCUAAGUUUAGAAAGAUAAGGAUUAGUUUCCCUUUUGCAUGCCUUAAUCAUAGGAGGGAUUGGUUAAGAUUAGUUUCCUUUUCAUAUGCCUUAAUCAUAGGAGAGAUUGGUUAAGAUUAGUUUCCUUUUCAUAUGCCUUAAUCAUAGGAGAGAUUGGUUGAACCAGAGGCUAUAUAUGCCGUGUAAUAGACUGGGAAAUAAGCAAAAAAGAUCAAUUAUCCAAAACUGCUCUUCUCCUCUGCCUCUCUCAAGCCACCGGUGAGGAACCCCUCACGGUGAAGGUCUGGAGCGCGACUACGAACUGCGUAGCCGCGGUCCAGCGACAUUGGGCGUCGAGGCGCUUGACAGUGCCAACUCCAGCUGCUCGGCCUGACGGGCGAGACUCAUGGCCCCAUCAAGUGUUUCCGGGUUGUGGAUGCGAACGACGUGGCUCAACGGGGGAAGAAGACCGUCUGUGUAGAGUUGGACGCGCUGGCCCUCCGUGAGGCGACCCGCGCGCGGCAGCAGGGCCUGGAACCGGUUGGAGUAUUCCUCCACGGUCCCGGUGCGGCGACACUCCGCCAACUCGAACAGGGGCGCUGAGCGGAGGCCCAACGUCGCUGGACCGCGGCUACGCAGUUCGUAGUCGCGCUCCAGACCUUCACCGUGAGGGGUUCCUCACUGGUGGCUUGAGAGAGGCAGAGGAGAAGAGCAGUUUUGGAUAAUUGAUCUUGUUUGCUUAUUUCCCAGUCUAUUACACGGCAUAUAUAGCCUCUGGUUCAACCAAUCUCUCCUAUGAUUAAGGCAUAUGAAAAGAAAACUAAUCUUAACAAAUCUCUUCUAUGAUUAAGGCAUAUGAAAAGGAAACUAAUCUUAACCAAUCCCUCCUAUGAUUAAGGCAUGCAAAAGGGAAACUAAUCCUUAUCUUUCUAAACUUAGCCACUGAUUGUGGCGCCUGCCUUGGCUGCGCGAUCUGCAGCUCUCCUGGCGUCACGACGGCGCCUGUAAGUGUGGCCGUACAUGGCAGAUCUUCACUUGUCAUUUUCACAAACAAUAAACUGUCAGGUUUUGAUGGAAUUUGAGCUAAAUUGUGGCCCAGCAUACUCUGCGAUUCGCGAGACUGGCAUUCUUCCUUGAGUAACAAAGCUAAUGUUUUAGAAACUUGCUUGUAAACCUUGAAUGUUUUGUCAUUCUCCUUAUACAUAAAUGUUUUAGUUUUAAAGCAUUCUCUUAGUUUCUAGACUGUUCACGACCUGUAGUGAUAAAAAAUGUUGAUAGAGCUUGUUUGAAUCUAAUUCUGUGCCAAACAAAGCACCAUAGGAAUAUAUAUUGUAAUAUAACCAUGCUCACGCUAAGCGAAGGAUCAAUACAGGCAUGUCAUAUAUAUAACUUAUAUACGCCAAAACACCCUUGUGACAUGGACAUAUAACUGCAACUAUGAUUUAGUCUUAAAUAUGAGUGCAUGAAAAACAACCAUUUAUGUGUCUGAAUUUUAGCUUGUGACUUCUGUUGAGUUUUAACUCUAGACUAUCUCAACUUACUUGGGUCUAAAAGACUUUAUUGUUGUUAUAUCAAAACAGCUUGUCUGGCUCCUUGUUUCUUGUUUUCUGUCCUAAUUUGUUUGGACAAACUUGAAUAUUGGCUUUUGGCUUUCUAUGAAAUUCAACGGCUCUUGGACCGUACUAUGGUAAGUUGACAAUGUUUUAUCUUAAAAAGAUCUAUAAAUAAGAGACAACAUUACUACAUUGGAUAUAUUAUUGUUAUUGGAAGUAAUGUUAAGCACAGCUAAAAAAACUAUGAAUUACCAUGGUCUAUGUUUAGGGACGGAGUUUUAUAUAAACUGUUGCUCUCCAUAUUGUAUCCC